AUGGGAGAGGUUUCCAAGACCCGAAGCGACGAGUCGCUGACAAGCUUCAGCUCGGCCUCCUUGCCCUGUGUCCAAUCACUGUCCAGCACGCGCUCCUUGUCGGUUGCACUUGAGCCUUCCCUGCUGCGCGGCGUCCCUUUACACCAGGCUUUGAGCAGGUGGGGCAGGCAUUGGGUUUCCUCAGAGGCUACCCAUGCAUAUGAGCUGAGCCGGCAAACGGCGCGAUUGGACAAUUUUCUGAGCCACGACUGGCAUACUUCUGGAUGGAAGAAGUUCCUGGCUCUGCUUGUGUUGUUUAAUUCCCGGGCGGCAGCCAUAGCCUCGACGGGCAUGACCAUGCUACUGGCCAUACUGCAAUCAGCGAGCAUCGUGCCUGAUGGGGUCUGGGUGACUUGCUCUGGUUACGCAACCUUCGCACUGGUCUUCCUCUUCUGGCAGAGGCUGCGCGCGCUGGUCAGGCCUCGGGUGGUUUUUCUGGACAAGCUGUGCAUAGCUCAGCAUGAUCCCAUGCUCAAGGAGCGAGCGAUACUUGGACUCGCAGCAUUCUUAGACAGCUCUGACAACCUCACCGUGCUGUGGUCACCCGCCUACUUUCGGAGACUGUGGUGUUCUUACGAGAUGGCCGCCUUCUUCCGGCACGCGGAUAAGGCGAGAGGCAGACACGUCACAGUGAUGCCGGUGACGUCAGCGGUUCUGCUCUGCGUGCUCGCUGUGCAGUUUUGGAUCAUGAGCAUCGGUGAAUUUCUAGUUCUCCGAGAUGUGGAAGUCGGAGGAUCUGUUGGGGAAAGCUUUUGGAGGAACGUCGUGAUUGUCGGCGCCUUAACCACAGGCAUUGCGGGCGCACUCGUUCCAGUCACGCUGUACAUCGGCAUCCAGCUCAUGGACGACCUGCAGAAACUGCCGCAGCAGCUCCAAGGCUUCCGUGUUCAAGAUUCUCUGAGCAGCUGCUGCUCCUGGCAGCAUGUUCGCCCUGACACGGGCGAGCGCAUCCCAUGCGAUCGAGCGCUGGUCUUCGCCAUGCUUCGUAAGUGGUAUGGUCGGAGUGGUCGGGCAGCAGGGCUCGGCGAGGAGCAUCUUGACGCGUUCAACGAUUUUGUCACAAAUCGACUCGCUCCGUCCGUUCUGAAGACGGUGGGUUUUGGGAAUUUUCCCGUCGCCUACGCUUUUUACCUGUCCAGCUCUGCCAACGUGCCGUGGCUUGCGGCUUCUGUGGGGCAGUUGGCCAGAGGGCCUGCUCCCGAUGCCUCGGGUGCCGAUGUCUUUUUGUGGGCUGUUCGUGUCCUCUUAAACGUUACAUUCCUGAUCAUGAUGGGGAUGUUCAUCUCCCGCUUUAGUUUCUCGCUUUCCUGGCUCGGACAUCACCUCGUGCAUCAUGGGCAUUGCAGGUGGAAGCUUUGUUUAACGAUGGUUCUGAGCCAAGUGUCUGUGGCCUUCGUUGGGAGCCUCUGGGCUGCAUUCCGCACGUCGAUGUAUUGGAGGCAAGACUCCUGGCUUCCCGUUCUGCCCUUUCUCGUGCUGAUGGGCUGCACGAUUGGCCUUUUUGCGCAGGGCUGGCGUGUGUCGAGCACGCCGAGCACGCCGAGCACGGAAGCAGGGGAGAUCUCCGAGGUAGAGGGCCGAAGACCCAGGAUGAGCGGUGUUCCUGUGAGCGCUGCUGAGAGUCAGGAGUUCUUCACCGUUUCACCAAGAGACUUGAUCACAGUCUCAUUCUAG